AUGUUGGACCAGGAACCAGCCCCAACCAGCCCCCGCGCCGCUGGCCACUCCGGCCGCGUCGGCCACCAGAUCCCGGCGCGCGCCGGAUGCGCCCCGGCGCCAAAAGCCACGGGGCGCUCGCGCUCGUCCAGAUCCUCCGGCUCCGCUUGCUCAAGCCCGCGCUGUAGCGAGGGAUGGGGCCUGCCGGCCUCGGUGCCGGGCCUCGUCAGAUCCAGCGGUCCGUCGGUGGUGCCGGUCUCUCCUCGUCCUCCUGCUGCGUCAACAGCUACUUCCGCCUCCCCGCCGCGAAUCCUGCUCCGGGGCGAGUGCUCCCACGCCGCGAAUGCCGAUUCCACCCCGGUCUCUGCGCAGUCCCCUCCUGCUGAGCGGCAACGGCUCAAAUCCAUCGUGGUUCGGCCUUCCCCCUGCACUAGCCCUUCCGCUUCGGGGCCUGGAGACGGAUGGACGAAGGUCCAGUCGCGCAAAGAUCGUCGCCUCAGCCGGCGCCAUGAUGGCGGCCUCGGCCACGCCCCACGGCUGCGCAAAGGCCACCGGCCUGUCUUCAAUGCGAGCACCGGGCGGGAGGCCUUCUUAAGGCGCUUCCGGGGGCUCUGCUUCAGAUGCCUCAGCACCGAGCACCGCCGUGUAGAUUGUAGGGAUCCAGUCCACUGCAUCGACUGCAAGCUUCCAGGCCACAUCGGCAAAGACUGCCCGGGCAAGAGGGGGCGCGCUCCUGUGAAGGCGCAGCUGGGCUCCUGCGUGGGUCGUGGCCCGGUUUGUGAGCGCCUUCGCUUCCCCUCGCCGCCCCAGACGGCGACGAACAAGACGAUGUCCCACCACACCGACCCGUCGCGCCGGCCGCGGUCCGGCCACAAGGUGGUGAUCGAGUCGCCGGCCAUGGAGCACCAGAUCUUCCAGCUUCGUCGCCACGCGGUGCUGCUGGUCUCCUCGGAGGAGCGCCACGCCGCCAGCCCCAUAUCGGUGGGGCGCGCCUUCGACACACAGAUGCGCACGCCGGCGCAUCUCCUGCGGGUCACGUGCCACGACCUGCAAGACUUCCUGGUCCACUUCGAGCUGCCGGCGCACCAGGACAACGCCGUGCACCUGGGCUCCAUCAACGUCGACGGCGUCAUCUUCGACAUCAAGCCGUGGCACGAGGACGACCACGCCAUGCACCAAGAGUUCCUUCUUCACGUUCGCGUCGUCAUCGAGAAGAUGCCAUUUCACCUCUGGUCGCUCGAGGGGGCGGCCGAGGUCCUGGGCGACAAGUGCAUCAUCGACCGUCUCGACAGCCGCACCCAGGAGCGCGGCCACACGAAGACAUUUGCGUGCUGGGUGUGGGUGUGGGAUGUGGCAUUCAUCCCCACCCGGCACACCAUCUGGAGGGCGGCGCGGGGCGCUGGCCAUGUAGAGGCCAUGCUGGGCUACUCGCCGCCGAGCCGGGAGGUGGCGCCGCCGCCGCGCACGCGUCCGGCGCCAUGACAUGCUCGUCCACGUCGACCCCCGCGGCGCCGUUCGGCGGGAGGGGCAGGCGGCCCAUAGGGCAGCAGGAGCAGCCUCGGCUGCUGGGUGGCCAGGUACGGUGGUGGCGCCGGGAAUGGCGCUGGGUGGCGCUGCGGCUGGAGCGCGGCCGGGCGGCUGGAGGCGCCGCGGGUGGUGCCGGUGGCGAGGGCGGUGUGGAUGGCCCGCGCCUUCACCUGCUUCAUCUGUCGCUCCUCCAAGCGGAGGUACGCAACGAACUGGUGAAGGACGGGUUGGGGAUGAGGCUGAGGUUCGCCGCGGCGUUGCCGAAGUCCUCGUUGAGCCCGACGGUGAGCGUGCUGAGGAGGAGGUCAUCAUCGAUUUUCCGCCAAUAUCGCGGAGCUCGUCAGCGAGAGUCUUCAGGCGGCGACAAUAGUCGUCGACAGAGUUGUUGUCCUGGUGACAUAAAAAAAGCUCUUGCUACAAAAAAAAACGCGACGCUGGAGCUGGUUGUCGAUGAAGAGCCCGUUCAGCUUGGUCCACACGACGCAGGCAUCGUCACCGUCCGUCACGACCGUCUGGAAGAGGUCCGGCGAGAUGGUGAGGAAGAACCAACGGAUAAUCGUGGUGUCGAUGGUGGACCAGUCAUGGAACUCGGGGACGAGGCUGGAGUCGACGGUGCCGUCCACGUGGUCGAUGAGGUGAUACUCCCGAAACACGAGGAAAAAAUAAGUCUUCCAUGUGUAGUAGGAGGAGUCCGCCAGCGAGAGAUGAACCGGCACCCGCUCGAAGAUGUUGAGGUUGCGGAUGUCGUUGACGUCGGGAGGGUUGACGUCGGCGAACGGGUUGGAGUUGGUGGACGCGGAGGAGGUGACGGACGACAUGGCGGGAAUGGGACGGCGCGGGCGACUCAGACAGCUCGGGUGGAGCGGUGGCAGCAGACGACUCGCACGGCGGCUCGGGUGGAUCGCGCGGGCGGCAGCAGCGGCUCGGGCACGUGCGGCGGCUGGCAAGCGGGAUCAAAGCGACUGGCUCGGGCGAAGCAGGCAGCCGGCUCGGGCGAAGGACGGGUAGCGGGCGCGCGGCUGGCUCGGGGUAGCGGUCGCGCGGGCGGAUGGAGGGAUCGGGUAGCGGGCGCGGCUGGCUCGGGGUAGCGAGCGCGCGGGCGGGCGGAUGGAUCGUGUAGCGCGCGAGCAGCGUCGGCGGGGUGGCGGCGGCGUCGGCCGGCGCGGGGAGACGGCGGCGUGGAAGCGAGAAAGAAACCUAGGAAACUGAUACCAGAUAUGAGAUUAUGAUUGCACGAUAUAUUACUCUUCAUGUAUAGACACGUAUAUAUGAUGCGUAAAGAUGAGCUACGGACUUCAACUAGACAAAGAAUCAGGAGGCAGGUCCAAUAUACAAUAUACGUAUAAUACAUAUACUCAACAGUGGGCUCACGACGUCUUUUUCACAUCACGAAAAUGACCAAAGUAGUAAGCCGCGUGUAUGUAUAGGACGGCCGUACGUGUGUGCAUAUGCAUGCUGCCUGCAGAAUUAAUUCGCGCCGUUCGUUUCGGGUGGGUAGAGCAAAGAUACGCGUGUGCGUGUGCUGUGUCUCAUGCAUCCUCCAUCAUAACUCACUCCUUAGGCUCCCAUGACUCCACGUCUCAUGGGCAACCACCUGAGCAUAAACCAACGGCCUGAGUACCAAGGAGAUGCGCAACGCAAGGGUCGAUCCAGGGCUAGCUCCUACACCAAGGCCAAGUAGACGAUCGAGAGAGAGAGAUGUGGCCGUCGUCGCUGCUGUACCCGCCGCCGGCGUCGGCCUUCGUGACGGCGGUGUCGGUGGUGUCGUUCGCGUCGCUGGCGUCCGCAGGCCUCUCCGAGCUCCGCGGCCAGCACAUGGCCUACUCCAAGUUCUGGCACGUCGUGUCUGGACAGCAGCAGAAGAAGGGAGGCACCGGUGGCGCGCAGCUGUCGGGCCGUGACGGGAUGCUGGUGGCCUACGCGCCGGCGCUAGUCGCCGCCGCGGCAUCUUUCGUCGUGCCGGGUACCGUGGAAGGGCUGCGCGCCGAGCUCCUCGCUGCCGCGCUCGCCGUCCACUUCCUCAAGCGUGUCUUCGAGGCGAGGACAACUGGCUGGCUCACAGCUCUCAUGGCAACGAAGCUGGACCCUCGGAGGUGCGCGAUGGCAACGGCAAGCCUAGGUGCAAUAAGAACAAGCGCCGACAUAAAAAUAGCGGCAGUGAUGCCGUGGAUGUAGCGGCCAAUGCUGGGUUCAGCAAUGCCAAGGCUGGCCAGAAAAAGAAGCCCUUUAAAGGAAAUAAGGACUGUCCUAGCGCGCUCGACAAAAUUCUCGACAGGCUCUGCCAAAUUCAUGAACUUCGGACAAGCCGACCAACCACACUAACCGGAAUUGCUAGGUCAUCAAGUAGGCCGUCAAGGUGGCAGUCGAAGGCCAGAGCAAAAGCCAGUCCCGCAGCGACGAUGAGGAUGAACCUCGGAGGCCGAGCAACGAAGGCCAGAAGCAGUUCCCUUCCGAUGUCAAGGAUGUGAAUAUGAUCUACAUCACCCACAUCUCAAGGAAGGAAAGGAAACACGCACUUCGAGAUGUCUAUGACCUAGACCCUGUAGCUCUAAAUAAAGUCCUUGGUCGGCUUGCUUGAUCACUUUUGAAAACGCGACCACCUGAUAAGUCUCCAACGUAUCGAUAAAUUUUGAUUAUUUCAACCUAUUAUAUUAUCAAUUUUGGAUACUUUAUAAGCUUUAAUAUGCAAUUUUAUAUCAUUUUUGUGAACUAGCCUAUUAACCUAGUGCCUAGUGCCAGUUGCUAUUUUUGGCUGUUUUUGGUUUUCCAGAACAUCGGUACCAAACGGACUCCAAAUGCUAUGAAACUUUUUGACAAUUUUUUUGGGAGAAAAGAGACCAUGGAGGCUUUGGGAGGAGACCAGACGACAUACGAGGAGACGGCAAGGCAACAGGGCGCACCUUGGGGGGUAGGCGUGCCCUGAUGCCUUGUGGGCUCCACGUGGCUCUGUCUGACCUAAUUCCACUUCUAUAAAUUCUCAAAUAUUUGGAAACCCCCAGGGAGCAACCCGAAACAAUUUUUCCGCCGCCACAAGCUUCUGUUGUUCCGCGAUCCCAUCUGGAGGCCUUUUCUAGUACUAUGUCGGAGGGGUAAUCGAUCACGGAGGGCUUCUACAUCAACCUUGCUGCCCUAGCAAUGAUGUGUGAGUAGUUCACCACACACCUAUAGGUCCAUAGCUAGUAGCUAGAUGGCUUCUUCUCUCUCUUUGAUCUCCAAUACAAUAAUCUCCCCGAGCUUCUUGGAGUUCUAUCUAAUGUAAUCUUCUUUUGCGGUGUGUUUUUUGGGAUAUGAUGAAUUGUGGGUUUAUGAUCAGAUUAUUCAUUGAAAGUAAUUGAGUCUUUUCUGAACUU